UUAUCAGGUGAGCAAAUUGGCGGCAUGUCGCAAGUAUAGUGAAUGUGAUAUUAUUGUAUUUCGUGAUAUUAUUGUAUAAGAAAAAUUGUAUAAUUAGGAAAAUGAGUGGGACAAAUAAAUCGAAGAAAUGGAUUUUCUUGUGCUUCUGCCUAUUUCAAUGCGCGUAUGCUCGACGUAUAGUUGAGGAAACAAGAGUGAAUUUUCUGAGUGCAGGUGAUAGCGUAGAAAAUAAUAGUCCUGGUUUAAAAAUAUAUUGUCAUAAUGCAACUUCCAAGUAUCUAACACAUAUGUGGAGAACCAUGACUAUGCAUCUGAACACCAAUACAGACUCCUAUGAUUUAUAUGAUGGUAAAACUUCUUCUGAAAUUUAUCAGAAACAUGAACAAAAUCAAAGAUUGUGGAGUUUUGUUUUCCUAGAUUCAGGAAAACAUACACAGUUUAGAAUCAAUCCUUUUGAAGAUACAUGUAUAGGUGUUUUCAUAGAUCCUUCCAAUGACUCUGAGUAUAUUAUGUCUCUAAUAGAAACACGUAUCAAUGUUUGGGGAUUGACAAUGAUGCUAACAGGUAUCAUACUUUUUUGGUGUGCACAGUUAUUAAGCCAAAAUUCAUUAUUUUAUUAUAUCUGUGGUAUAGCAUUUGGAGUUUUCUUAUCUCUUAUAAUCCUAAUAUAUAUGGUAGGAAAAUUAGUACCACGAGGAAAAGUUAUGUAUUUAAUGUUUGCUACAUCAAUGAGUAUUUAUCUUGCUCGGUUAUUGUGGGAAAAUGCACAGUUAAUUGUGGUACAAUACAGAGAAUGGGUGAUGUGGUAUAUUCUUAUUACUUCUCUGAUCAGUUUUAUGAUCUGCUAUCGGUUUGGUCCUGUUACCAAUGCGAGAACAAAAAAAAUAAUACAGUGGUUUUUACAGCUUAUAGGUUUAUUACUCGUGUAUAAUAGCAGUCAUUUCUAUGAAGCUUCUAUUUCAUGCUGUAUUCUACUUGUACUUCUUUAUAAUUUUCCGAGAGGAGCUUUCGAACGAGGAAAGAGAUAUUGGCAAAGAGCUUUUCCGGAAAAGCGGAAGUUGAUAGAUGAAGAUCAAUAUCGUUUGGAAGGAGUGCGAGAAACUAAAAAAGCUUUAAAGGAAUUACAGACCUAUUGCUCCAGUCCGGAAUGUAAUCCGUGGAAGACCAUUUUAAAAUUGAAAGACCCUAUAAGAUUUGCGAAGUUCAUAAAUGGAGAUUCACAUUUGUCAGAAUAUGAAGUCGAGGAGCAUGAAGAAGAGCUUUCGAAAAUUCUAGAUGAAGAUGAAUACACAGACGAUGAAUAAGGAUUUAUACCACAUAAAACUGAAUUAUAUUUAAUUAUUUGUUUUUUUUUUGUUUUUACUUUAGGAUUCACUAUCAGGACGAAAGUGUAUUUAUUUUCUAACUAGUGGCUUUUUUUGUAGCAAUAACUAUAAAAUACUUUUUUGUUUAUAUAAAGUUUGAUUUAUAUUUUCAAUAUAAAUAUGUACUAUACCUAUAUGAUAAAUUUAUAUGUCAGUUUUUGUGAAUAAUGUUUGCUCAAAGAUAUCUUGUUAUUUAUAUACGACAAUAUCAAUUAUUA